UAGUAAAAUUAAUUACUGAUCGGUUACUGUAAACAAGUUUGUAACCUGCGACUGUAAACACACGUGUUUUCGUUUAUGACAGCGGUUCAGAAUGACAAGCUCUAAUUCCAACACUCAUGUCAACAAAAAGCCGCAUUUUCGACUCGCCUCUGAAAGGCUGGUCCUCUUGCCUGCUGAAAACCGAAAACUGGAAUUAUUCACACCGGGGAAAAUUGUUACGGACGACCCCAAACUUAUGAGUGGACAUGGCACUUAUUUGGAAAACAAUAAGAUCAAAUCUUCUUUAGCCGGUAUUGAAAAACGUGUCAACAAAUUAAUUUUCAUAAAGCCGUUGAAGUGUCGAUACAAUGGGGAAAUUGGCGAUGUCGUCAUCGGUAGGAUCACAGAGGUACAGCAGAGUAGGUGGAAAGUGAACAUCAACGCCAGAUUGGACGGUGUCCUUCUCCUUUCGUCUGUCAAUCUCCCUGGAGGCGAAUUGAGGAGACGUUCAGUCGAGGAUGAGAGGAUGAUGAGGCAAUACCUUUCUGAAGGGGAUCUUAUCAGCGCCGAAGUGCAGAAAGUGUACACUGGUGAUGCUUUAGCUUUACACACUAGAAAUCUUCGAUAUGGAAAACUUUCACAAGGUGUGCUCAUGUCAGUUCCACCCGGGUUGAUUAUGAGAACAAAAACACAUUUUCACACGAUAUGCGGUGCAAGCUUGAUAAUCGGUACAAAUGGGUUUAUUUGGAUUUACCCCGUUCAGACGAGUGAAGAAGGAGCUGGAGGUUUCGCAAGGAAUCUUGAUCUCAGAGUUGACAAUGAAUCGAGGAGAGCAAUCAUACGCAUUCAGUGUUGCAUCCAAAUACUAGCAGACAGUAAAAUAAUGAUUAGCGACUCUAGUAUUAUUUCAGCAGUAAAUUGCUCUUCAGAUUAUCAGAUCAAUGAAUUGCUUUUGCCAAAUGUAAAACUAGAUAUUGCUGUUGCAGUGAAACACAUGUCUUAUUUUAUUAAUUGAUGGUUAUAUUUAUCAUUAAAAAUGUUAAUGUAUAUAUAUUUUUUGUACUACAUAACAAUUUUUUUGUUAUUCCUACCUGUUUGAACUUUGUAUAGUGAAACAUGCCAACAAAAAAAAUUACAAAUAUAAAAAUAGAACUGUA